UUUUAUACCAUUUCAUAGUAGUCAUGGUUGUCUAUUUUCAGUAAAUAUUGUUUGAAAAGUUUCGGAGUCAAUAUUUGUCUAUGAUAUUUCAUGUUCUAUUUCCAUUAGGCAACAAACAUGUUAUUCCACGACUUAGUGUACUCUUGGAAAUGCAUCCUAAAAUCAUUCUUCCACCAUCUAAGUUCUAAGAAUGACUCAAACUUGACAAUUCCCCUUACUAGUGUUAACAUGAAACUUGUAAAGACAUAAAAUUUCAGUUCUACAUUUAAUAAUGGGGUGUUUGUUUCCUCAGUUGAAAUCAGCCAAAAGGAUCGCUAUUACCAUGCUUAAAUUAUUCAAAAAUUGUACCAAAAAACAUAUGUAUAUUAAUUGUAUGAUAUUUUUAUUAAUUAUAUAAAUAUAAUAUGUUUAAUAUUAUCUGAUAAUACUUAGUCUUUGUUAAUUACUAUAUUAUUAGUAGUUUGAUUUUAUAGAUAUUUCAUAUUAUAGUUCAUUAUUAAUAUGAUAUUACCCUUAUGCCUUGGCUACUUGCACUAAUGACUAGUAGUCACCAUAAUUUACCUCCUCCAUGUUGGCCUAAGGACAUAUUGGUGGGGGCGUGGGGGCGUUGGGGGCGAUCAAAUCACUUUUGUCACAUUAGUAUAUGAUAUUGUCUAUUAUAUAUGUAUUAAUGUCAUACAGGUUAAUCUUUGUUGCGUCCAUAUCUAACAAGUGAACAUUUUUGAUUUAUAAUUGACCAAUUCAGGCAAAUCAAAUGUCAGGAAGCAUUAGUCAUCAGAGCGUGUAGUGUAGUGUACAUCUUGGUUUCCUUCUACGUGCCGCUUGAGUUUGGAAAACUUGAUCGAGUUAGUAAUUCCUAAACGGUCAACUAUAAAGACUCUGUUGUCCUUCUUGACAAGCCUCAAUUAUAUUUAUUCUCUAUUUUCCCCCUUUUGCGUAUAUUUUGUGAGUUUGAACCAUAAAAUAAAAUAGGUAACAUAAUAAAUAUAGAUAUAUUUUUCAUGGAGAAAAAGAAAAUAUAGUAAAAAAAAACAAUAAAUUAAGAAAAAAUAUUAUUUUUAGGUCAGAAGUAAAUUAAUUAUUUUAAAAAAUUAUUUCACGCAAUUAAUUCGAGCCUCUUUGUUUUCUCCCUUUGCCGUCGCUCAUCCACAUCGUGCUCCUCCUUCGAUUGUGUCACAAGGGUUUUUUAGAGAAGUUCUAGGAUUCCUCGUUUUAAGGAAGUGCUACUUCUUUGAUUCGACUCAUAUAUAUAUAUUUGUUGGAUGUAAUCUAGUAAUGCGAUCGUUGACGGUUUUUCUAUCGAUUUCAUGCUGAAUUAUAGAGUCGAUUCAUCAGAAUGUUUCAAAAAAAACUACGUUCUUAGGGUUUUAGGUGCUUUAGCGAGAUCUGUUAUCAGAAUUUGACAGGACGCUCAGUGGGUUCAAAAGAGAUGCUUCCAUCCCUUUGUGACGAGCAGAAAACCGGCGCCUUACCUUUGCCGGAUGCAUUUCUUCAUUUUCUAGAGGCGAAUGGGCUGGACCCGUCCAUUUAUACCAAGGCGGAGACUGUUCCGCGCUACAUAAGGGUAAAACCAGGAUUUGAGUCCCAGCUUUUGGAGAUAGAAGAUGAGCUCAAUUGUAAGCUUGAGAAAAUCACAUGGCUCCCAGAUUUCUUUGCCAUCCCACCUCAGAUUCAAAUUGCUGGCUCCGAGGCAUACCAAGAGGGAAAGAUCUAUGGGAUGGAUGCAGCCUCUGGAGCUGCCGUUUCAGCUUUGAAUAUCUUACCAGGAGAUCAUGUUCUUGAUCUGUGUGCAGCGCCAGGUGCAAAGCUUUGCAUGCUGGCAGAACUUCUUGGUUACUCUGGUUCGCUGACUGGUGUUGACAUUGCUAGACAACGUCUGGCUGCUUGUCGUACAAUGUUGCAGAAAUAUUCCUUAGGAGAUCGUUGCCGACUCUUUGUUGCUGAUGGAACAUCAUUUUCUCUUUUACCAUUGAAGUCUUAUCCUGAAACAAGACAAUUUGGACAUGAUGGUAACUCCAUAGGGAUGUCUAGCAAGAACAGCCCUGAUAUCUUUGCCGAGUGGACUGGCAAGAGAUCAUGGAGAGAGAGAAAGAAAACUAUUAAGGCUGGAAAUACUGCUGCUUCAAAUCAAAUUCAAUCAACACCAGAACUGAUUUUCUAUGGUAGACAUUCUGGUGUGAUUGGAUUACGUAGAACUGAGUUAUUUCACACAGUAGAAGUGCCAUCAACUUCUGGCUAUGACAAGGUUCUUGUGGAUGCAGAGUGCACACAUGAUGGAUCCUUAAAACACAUUCAAAAGUUUGAGAAUUGGGGAUGGGAAACAUUAGAACAUCGUGUACUUGAUGUGAAAAGAAUGGACUCCCUGCAACACCUUCAGCUACAAUUACUGACAAAUGGUUUCAGAUUACUAAGAGUUGGUGGAACAUUGGUCUACAGCACCUGCAGUUUAACAGUUGCCCAAAAUGAGGACGUGGUGAAGCAAUUCCUAUUGAGAAAUUCUUCAGCUGAGCUGCAACAUGUUGAAGCCGCCACCGACUGGCCCUGUAGAAGUGGAGGAAUUCCAGGAACUUUGCGCUUCGACCCUAAGACAUCCCAAACUAGUGGGCUUUUUAUUGCAAAGUUCACUCGGUUGGCAAGUUAAUUAAGAUUCCAAGUGAAUGCCCUCAACUGCUUGGAGUUAAACUGAAUUAGAGCCAUCUGUUCUUCAGUUGCAAAGCAGAGAUUGUUAUUUUAGUUUAUUUAUUUUUUUCGAGAAAUUUUUUCCAUCUUGUGUAGCAGAUAUACCCCGAUUUACUCAAUUCACUAAAUCAUUUUGAAUAUGUAUUCUUAUUAGGAGAGUGGCACAAUGUGAAAAGGGUACAAAUUUUUAAAAUGCCUCUUAUUAUCAUCUUCAUCUAUGUAAUAAUUUUGAUUAAGGUAGAAAAAGAUAUUUUAAUAUAAUGGUGUUUUGUAUAUAA